UGCAGUCAUGUAUCAGCUUAGCUGGGAUUUAGUUCUGAACUGAUAUGAGAAACAUCACACAAACUCAGAUUACUUCAUCUAGUGUAGCCCAUGGACGAAGUCCCUACAGAACAACAACAACAUUUCUCAUCACUGUGGUAUUAAUAUGGUCUGACGUUUGUGGUGCAGAAAAGCUCGGGAAAAGUGACCUAGAAAUACAGGUUGGAGAAAAGGAUUUAAACAAUUACACACCUCCAGCAAGUCCUAUUAAAAUUCCUGGACUUAAUCUGUUUCAAUAUGAAGGCAACAAUACCUACUGCAGUAGUCUCUGCUUUGUUGCUGACUUGCGUAUAUGCAACUAGAGAAGCUGCAAAGAAGAAUAAAAAGGCCAAGUUGUAUGUCCCUCAGUUGGAUUGUGAUGUGAAAGCUGCGAAGAUCCUCAAUCCUGAAUUUAUUGCCAAGUGUCCCCCAGGAUGUCAGGAUGUGAAAUAUCGAGUCUACGGCACUGAUAUCUAUGCUUCUUUUUCCAGUAUAUGCGGCGCUGCUAUUCACAGUGGUACAAUUAACAAAUCUGGAGGGAAAAUCCUGGUUCAAAAAGUUGCUGGACAAUCAGGUUACAGGGGUAGUUUCUCCAAUGGAAUCCGAUCACUGUCUUUACCGCGAUGGAGGGAGUCCUUCAUUGUUUCAGAAGGUAAACCUAAGAAAGGGGUUCAGUACCCCUCAACUCUUGAAUACGCAUCUUCCAAAAGUACAUCUGGGAAAGGAGGUUCCCAAAGGAAGGAGUAUCAGACAACUGCCGUAACACCAUUUCUUGCAACACACACUGCUACAACAACACCAAAACGUCUCAUCACGACAACCUCAUUUGUCAGCACAACCCCAAAACCAACAGUCCCAACCACCAUUACUACGACUGUCACCACCCAAAUGACUACUGUUGCAGCUGCAAAGCCUCAGGUUGCAAUGCACAAGGUCAGAGAUAUAGGUUCUUCUAGCUAUGUCCAUCCAGCGUACUCAUCAGUGGCAGCUGUAGCAUCAAGGCAGGUUCAGGCUGCACAAGGAAGAACCCAGAAUCAAGCAUUCAAAGGCACUUCCAGCUAUGCAAGUAACAGAAAUGCUCCUCGGCUCAAUACAGGUCUUCAGCGGCACGAGCCAAGUGCUACGUUCCGGAAGCCUGCUAGCAAUCCUGCCAAUCUGGCUAUGGAAACAGACUUGUGGAAACCAGGAUCAAGCCUUUUUGACACAGGUUUAAGCUCUAAGGAAGAUGUGAUUCCCAAACCAUUGGCGCCGACUUCUCAGGGAAACCCAAAUUGCAAAGUGGAUUUAUCCUUCUUGAUAGAUGGGAGCUGGAGCAUUGGCAAGCGCCGCUUUCAGAUCCAAAAACAAUUCCUCAGAAAUGUUGCUGAAGCGCUGGAUAUUGGCAUUGCUGGCCCUCUCAUGGGCAUAAUUCAGUAUGGAGAUGACCCUUCUACUGAAUUUAACUUGAAGACUUAUGCAAACACUAAGGACGUGAAAAAUGCUAUCGAGAAAAUACUUCAGAAAGGAGGAUUAUCCAAUGUUGGGAGAGCUCUGUCUUUUGUUAACAAAAACUUCUUUGAGGAUUCUAACGGGAAUCGGGGUGGUGCCCCCAACAUUGCUGUCGUGCUGGUGGACGGCUGGCCCACAGAUAAGGUGGAGGAAGCCUCCAGGUUGGCAAGGGAAUCUGGCAUUAACAUUUUCUUUGUCACCAUUGAAGGACCAGAUGAAAAUGAAAAACAAUAUGUGGUUGAAGCCAAUUUUGUGGACAAGGCUGUAUGCCGGACCAAUGGCUACUAUUCUAUCACUGUUCCCAGCUGGUUCACUUUACACAAAGUGGUGCAGCCUUUAGUGAAGCGAGUCUGUGACUCUGAUCGCCUGGCCUGCAGCAAGACCUGUUUAAAUUCGGCAGACAUUGGGUUUGUCAUUGAUGGAUCCAGCAGUGUUGGGACGGGGAAUUUUCGCACCGUCCUCCAGUUCGUAGCCAACAUUAGCAAAGAAUUUGAGAUUUCUGAUACAGACACCCGUGUUGGAGCUGUGCAGUACACCUACGAGCAGAGACUGGAGUUUGGCUUUGACAAGCACACCACAAAGCAAGAUGUCUUGACUGCUAUCAAGAGGAUCAACUACUGGAGUGGAGGGACCAGCACUGGUGCAGCCAUCAACUAUGCCUUUGACCAACUCUUCAGCAAAUCUAAGCCCAACAAGAGGAAGAUCAUGAUUCUGAUUACAGAUGGUAGAUCCUAUGAUGAUGUCCAAGGACCAGCUACAGCAGCACACCAAAAUGGAGUCAUAGCCUAUUCAGUAGGAAUUGCAUGGGCCGCCCAAGAUGAACUGGAAGCCAUUGCCACCGAUCCCGAUAAAGAGCACUCCUUCUUUGUGGAUGAAUUUGACAGCCUCUACAGAUUUGUUCCUAAAAUAAUCCAGAAUAUUUGCACAGAGUUCAAUUCACAGCCGCGAAACUAAUCAACUAACUCCGCAUUUUCCACCAAAUGCUGAGUCACUGAAGAAUAUUACAUGAGAGAUAUAACACAAACUAUUAGGCAAGCAAUAUCAGCCAGGUCAGGAGGUUGUUGGGGCAUUUUAACUGCAGGACCCUUCAGCUGUGUUCCCUAUGUAUAUCAAUAAUGGGUGUAGAUUGAUGUAUUUUUCUCUCUGCUGGUUUCAAAACUGAUCUGAUAGUACAUCAGGCACAAUCCUUGGCUAAAUUCCACUGAUUCGGUCCCAUAGUUUUGCAUUAAUUUGUACACACCUCAGAAGGAUAUGUCCUGAGACAUUUAAACCAUGGUGGGCCAAAGACUCCAUUUGUUAGGAAAUAUUCCAUUGCAAUUCCCCAGGAAUGGAAAAAAGAGCGAAUAAAUGACCUACAGCUGCCUUGCAAAUAUUGCAGGGCCUCAUAUCAGAGCCAUCAGCACAUAUAUGAAGAAUGGAAGCAAAGAACAACCCAUUAAAAAAAAGCGAUAUCAAUGAACAGAAAAGUGAGGCAAGAUUUGUAACAGCAAAAGGUGCAGUGUGACAUGCACCUUGCUAUACACUGGCACUCUUGGCCAGUCCUCCAGAGGAUUCUGCUGUGUGUAUUCCUGCUAUGGAUUGAAGUGUCUAUAAAACAGCUCUGGGCAAAAUUACUUCAUCAGACAUCUGAGAAUGUUUUGCUAAGAGUGGCUGUAACACAGACCAGGUGGCAAAGUGGCAACCUCCAACAAAUGUGAAGAAAGAAAAAAAAAAUAGUCAACAGUUCCUUCUUGCUUUCACAAAGCACACAUACCUACUUCCCACACUCCUUGUUCAACAACAUUAUAUCCACCGAAAAGGCACAUACUUUCCACCACCCCGUCAGUUUAAAUAAAGAAAUGAACAGAUCCCAAGCUUCAA